AUGGAAGACAUGGACAACGGCAAGUGGUUUUGCAGUAAGUGGCAGAGAAAGCAUGAGUGGCGUCAACUGGAAGAGAAACUGGAAGCUGCUCUUCUUCAAUCCAGGAGGUUGAAGGAGUUAAACGCAUCUCUGGAGGAGAAACUUCGAGCUGCUACAGUAGGAGACGCCGCACAGCCAAUUGUACAGAGCCAACUGCGCAGAAAACCCAUUCUCGUUAUUGGUGACUCGAUAGUGCGACAUGUAGGCAAUGUCAACAAGCACAUGGAUGUUGUGUGCCUCCCGGGAAUCCGAACCGAGCAGCUGCGGAGGUAUGUAGAGAAUAGGGACCUUGGAACGCCAGACACCGUAAUUAUACAUGUUGGCACUAAUGACCUGAGGAGAAGAAAUCCUGACUUUGUCAUGGGGGAUAUGGGUGACCUCGUGAUGAAAGCACAAGAGAAAUUCCCUAAAGCAAAAAUUAAUGUAGUGGCAUUCUCAGGCGUCGUGGCAUUCCAUGGAGACGUGUUGAUGUAG